AUGCUGAUGAGGCCAAGUAUACUUCUGUUUCUGGCUUUAUUUGCUCAAGUUUUAAGGACCCAGUGCCGGCCUGCCAACGCUGAUGAAGUAUCUGUGGAAACGCAAGCCGAGCUGUACACCCUUUCCAUUGGGGAUCGUCUCGAUCUCAGUUGCUGUGCCAAGGACUACCUCCAUGCUGUCAACUGGACCAAAGACCAUGUAGCUGUAGUGGAUGGAGAACAUACACGUAUCCGCAAUGGCCAGCUGGAGAUCGAGUCUGUGGAGCUUACUGACUCCGGCCUGUACACAUGCACUACCUUUGGCAACCACAGCAUCUUCUUCAACGUGACAGUUCAUAUCUCGGCUUCAUCUGAGGAUGAUGACGAUGGUGAGGAGUCGUCAUCGGAGGAAAACAAACUGCUGGGCAGUCAAAAGCUGAUGCCAAUGGCUCCACAAUGGGCUCAUCCAGAAAAAAUGGAAAAGAAGCUUCAUGCCGUUCCAGCCAGCAAAACUGUAAAGUUUAAAUGCCAGGCCAGUGGCAACCCAACUCCGACUUUGAAAUGGUACAAAAAUGGGAAGGAGUUCAAAAGGGACCAUCGUAUUGGAGGGUUCAAGGUCCGUGACCAUAUGUGGACCAUCAUCAUGGAAUCUGUAGUGCCCUCUGACAAGGGAAACUAUACCUGUGUGGUGGAAAACAAGUAUGGCAGCAUUAAUCACACCUAUCAGCUAGAUGUAGUCGAGCGCUCUCCACACAGGCCCAUCCUGCAGGCUGGCCUGCCAGCUAAUCGCACUGUAGUAGUAGGAAGUGAUGUGGAGUUUGAGUGCAAGGUGUUCAGCGACCCUCAGCCCCACAUUCAGUGGUUAAAGCACAUCGAGGUCAAUGGGAACCGUACUGGUCCAGAUGGGUUACCUUACACCGCUGGCGUUAACACCACGGACAAGGAAAUGGAAGUCCUUCAACUGAGAAAUGUGUCUUUUGAUGACGCUGGGGAGUAUACCUGCUUGGCAGGCAAUUCUAUCGGGUACUCUCAUCACUCUGCAUGGUUGACCGUUUUUGAAGCACCCCCACACUACUCUCCAGCCAGCCACACCUACCUGGAGGUGGUCAUCUACUGUGUGGGCUUCUUUUUCAUAGCCAUUAUGAUUGCAAUUGCAAUUAUUGUCAAGAUUCGCACCACCUCCUCAAAGAAGAGUGACUUCAACAGUCAGCUAGCCGUCCACAAGCUGGCCAAAAGCAUCCCUCUGCGCAGACAGGUGUCUGUGGACUCAAGUUCUUCCAUCCACUCUGGAGUGAUGCUAGUCCGUCCCUCCCGCCUCUCUUCCAGUGGUUCUCCGAUGUUGUCUGGAGUGUCCGAGUGUGAGCUGCCGCAAGAUCCUCGCUGGGAGCUUCCUCGGGACAGACUUGUUCUUGGGAAGCCCCUGGGAGAAGGAUGCUUUGGCCAGGUGGUGAUGGGGGAAGCGGUUGGUCUGGACAAAGAAAAGCCAAACCGUGUUACCAAGGUUGCAGUCAAAAUGUUGAAAGCUGAUGCAACAGAGAAAGACCUGUCAGACCUCAUUUCAGAGAUGGAGAUGAUGAAGAUCAUUGGGAAGCACAAGAACAUCAUUAAUCUGCUGGGAGCCUGCACACAGGAUGGUCCUCUAUAUGUGAUAGUUGAAUAUGCAUCCAAGGGCAACUUGCGAGAGUAUCUACGAGCUCGCCGCCCGCCGGGUAUGGAGUACUGCUCCAACCCUGACCAAGUUCCUGUGGAGAAUGUGUCUAUCAAAGAUCUGGUGUCCUUCGCUUACCAAGUGGCCCGGGGCAUGGAGUAUUUGGCCUCCAAAAAGUGCAUCCACAGAGACCUUGCAGCUCGCAAUGUUUUGGUAACGGAUGACAGUGUGAUGAAAAUAGCUGACUUUGGCCUAGCAAGAGAUAUCCACCACAUCGACUAUUAUAAGAAGACCACCAAUGGUCGUUUGCCAGUGAAGUGGAUGGCUCCAGAGGCUCUGUUUGACCGGAUAUACACACACCAAAGUGAUGUCUGGUCAUUUGGGGUGCUGCUUUGGGAGAUCUUCACGCUAGGAGGCUCUCCAUAUCCUGGCGUUCCAGUGGAAGAGCUGUUCAAGCUGCUGAAGGAAGGUCACCGUAUGGACAAGCCUUCAACAUGUACACAUGAGCUGUAUAUGAUGAUGAGGGAUUGCUGGCAUGCUGUGCCUUCUCAGAGACCCACAUUCAAACAGCUAGUAGAGGACCUGGAUCGUGCUCUAGCCAUGACAUCCAACCAGGAGUAUUUGGAGCUUUCAGUACCUUUGGACCAAUAUUCACCCAGCUACCCGGAUACCCGGAGCUCCACCUGCUCGUCCGGAGAGGACUCGGUUUUCUCGCAUGAUGCCGGAGCAGAGGAGCCAUGCCUGCCUAAGUUCCCUCCUCACUCCAAUGGGGCAGCCAUCAAGAAACGCUGA